UGAAGUCCUUGGAAAGAUGGAUGGGACGAGAGCGAUGUUACUUCCUAAUUGAUAGAAGUCAUUAAUUAUACAACUGCUAACCGCGCGCUGCGUAUUUUUUAAUUCGUUUCCUCCCUUCUACUUUCCUUUUUCCUCCCCCCUUCGGUUAACCAGUCGUUCUUUCCUACAAAUUAAAUAUAAGAUUGCUGGCGAAAGCGAUUGUCUUUCCGUCCGAAUAUACUAAAACUUGUCUAAAGCGGAACCUGCCUAAACGGAGCGACUUUCUACCUUCAAAAACAACCUGUUCGAAACGAUACCGGUUUACACAGGUUUGAUUGUACGUCCUGUCUGUUAGCCGGUGUUAAAAGCCGUGUUGUAACCCAAACACUUCGUAAUUUGGCCGCUUCGGUCACCUGUUUUUAGUGUUCUUUCUACAGUUCAGGUGUAUGGAGCUUGCUGCAAAGGUUUACCUUUCGAGCUGCACGUUUUUUAGGUUGUACGUCCCGUCUGUUAGCGCUUAAACGUUUGUUUGUUGGUGUUAAAAGAGCAUUCGUAACCCAACGCUUCUUAAUUUGAUGGGUUUGGGCACGUGUUCGGAGUAGUCUUUCGUCAAAAUGGCGUUUUCCAGGUAUCUGGAACACCGAGUGUGUUUAUCGCGUGGAAUUUGUUCCAUUCUUAUCUCGUUAUCUAACUCGGUUUCAACACAUCCCACACGAAUUUAUGAAGGGGAAGAUUACCAAGUUAUGUCACUGAAUGAACGGCUUAAGGCACAUCACUCUCCGGAUCUGCGAUCCGGGGUAUUGGCUCGGAGUAAGUCGUGCGGGGUCCUGGUGUCACACCAUCGCUCUCCCUCCGGAAGCGGUUCCCUAGUGCAUUCCAGUUCGGAUGGAAGCAGCAGUAACAAUAGCAGCUUGUCACGUGCCAGUGGAUCCGUUUUGGGUUCCAAUUACAGCCCAAACACGACGCGCAGGCUCUUGCAAAAUAUCAGUGCCACGUGGAGUGGAAAGCCACCAAAGGUUCCACGUCCCGGAAGAAGUGCUAUAAUCUUUCAGGCGGUCUGUAAAGGCCUUAGAGAGUGUAUAAAAGUCACACACAGAGAUAUUGAGAAGUUCAAAGUCUCCGUCGAGGAAUUAUCGUCUGCCGGAUCUUCUCAGUAUCAGGGCAGAAUCUAUGACUUGGAGAAGCAAUUAAAGGCUGCCGAAAGAUAUUUAAAGAAGCUGGAAUACCACUUGUCAAAGAUUGAAGAGCUAAAAGAACAGUAUGACGUACAACAGAAAAUGAGUGAUGGUGUCAGGACGAUGGCACAGGCAUUUGUUCUCUCUCCGGGAAAGGAACGGGAGACUGCAUUAAACAGCGUACGUUCGGGGUACAAAGAAUGUGUCGACACAUUAUGCAGACUGGAAGCAGAGUUGGAAAAUAUGAUAGGGACAUUGUUGUUUCAAAUAAAAGGAAUACAAGGAUUUGCAAGGUUAUGUGCUGGAGACGUGUUUACAAUAACUAUAAAACAUGGGGAACAGAAAUGGAAGACCAGAGGAAAAAUUCAGAAGCACGGCAAACAAUCAUGGGAUAACCAUCAAGUUAUGUUUAAGGCUCUUCUUGGUGAUGUUUUGUACAUAAAGGCUGUCGAAGUGAGAACUUUAGGAAAAAGCAUUUUGCUUGGUAACAAAUACUGCGAAACCAAAGAUCUCUUUAGUGCGCAUCCACAGUUGAUGACCAUUAACCUUAAUCCUAGUGGAUCGUUAAAAUUAAACCUUAUCGUCACUUGGAAUCCCCUACAUUGGUAUCAAGAUGAACAGUCAUCAAAACCAGUACCACCUCUAUUAGCUAUUUUCAAUUCUCCUUCAAUGCGAUGGCAUACAAACAUGCACCCACCCAUCCAAGAAACAUCCCCUCCUUCUCCUUCAGAAAAUCAAUUUUUGGUGAAGAGUGAAACUCUGGAUAACAAAAAAUUGCUCUACACUCCAGACAGUGAGAAAAAGGUGGAAUUCAGUAGCGGCAGUAGUACCACCAGUGCCUCUGCUCAUAGUUCGGUUUUAACAAGUCCAGACUUAGAAGUGAUGCCGACAAAUGCAUUAAGAUGUUCUCCAAAGAUACAUGGUAGUGUGGAAGCUAUGGAAAACCAUAACAUGUUGGUGGAGGAAACAUCGCAGAAGUGGCCAACGACGAAGAGCGGUGAUAGUUCAGAAUGUUGCAGCAUAGACUUUGGCAAUUCUUCUCGGACUUCCGAAUUAGAAAGCGCGACCUUACAGGAAGUUGUGCAUGUACUUUCAUCUUCUCUGGAAGAUAUUCAAGGGCAGUAUCCAGAGCUGAAUCAAUUGGAACAAUAUAUGGAAGAAUUGGAGAGGAUACUAAGAAGUACUAGCAGAAGAGGAUCUCUCGGUUCAAGCAUCAGCAUAUCAGUACAAAGUGCCUUGGGUUGUUUCGACUUCCUAAACUCGGCUACGGAUAGUGAAGAUGCCGAAUUUGAGAACGAGAGUGGAAGGACAGAAGACGAGAAAAUACUGGAUCCGGAGCUGACAGCAAAGACGUCGGACUCUGGAAUCGCAUCAUUGGCGAGGCAGUUGAAAACGGACGACAGCCAAUGCAGCAGCAAUCCUAGUUUUGGUCUGAGCCCUCAGCCGCCGUCGACUGGAUCAGACAUGUUAGAUUUAUUACUAAUUUCGCACUUAGUAUAUUGCCAAAGAUUAAUAGAAAAUCUCGGAUCAUAUGGACCGCUGAAGUGCCGUGAAAUCUAUUCGUUGGAUAAAUUAAAGAAACAGUCGGUGAUUAUUGGAAAGUUGUUGGAGUUAAUUGCAGCUAACGAGGAAGGAAGAAGCAUUAGUGGAUUAAGCGUGUUAGAGAAUGAAGAAAUGAGGCAGAUUUGGGAACAGUUUAGUGGAGGUGGCGAGUCACUGUGCGUAACAGUUGAGCACGUUUUGCUUCCACUAGAACACAUCGUGCAGUCUUCGUUAAAUAAUGCUCCACACUACAUUGUAUCUGAAGUUUCCAGGUUACUAAUAUGCCGUUUAUUAGACACAAGCAAAUUUGAUUCCGACAAAGUGAUCACAGUUUUUCACAUUCAACAAUACUUUGGAAAAAGAAAAUCCAUCAUAAAUCACAUUCAGGACAUCGCCGAUGAAGUUAACAUUCUGGAAAUUCUGCAAUCCAGAGAUCCAGAUCAGAUCAAACAAAUACUCUCUGCACUCCGUAAGUGCGUACCUGUCAGCGAAGUGUUAUUUUCAAUUUCUCAAUUGCUGAUCGGUCACAAUUCAGUGAUAACCAGACUUGCAGAAUCAUAUUUAAAAGAUGCUUCCAGAAGAUCUCUAAGAGAAGAGAUGUUAACAGUGUUCUUAGAAGGAUUAGAAAGAGAACACGAUGCAAUACGUCAGUCUUCCUGCGCAGCACUCUCCGUUUUGGAGGCUACCGAAUACAUGGAGCAGCUGGUGUACCUAACCUAUGCAGACAAGAAUUUUAGAGUUCGACAGCAGGCGAGAGAUGCCCUGUUAUCAUUUGGAGAAGAAGGACGAAAGGCCUACGAAGAAUCGCAGCUGUUCACGCACGGCUUUCAAAGCCUCAAUUUUCUGUUGUGA